GUGAGCUGCAGUCAGCUUCUCCAACAAAUACCUGCUCCUUCGUGUCCCUCACUCGUAAAUAAGCCCCGUCUCUCUGCAGCGCCUGCCGAGUUGAAGAGAUCGACGGAGCCUCAGCAUGGUGUCUGCUGGAAGACAGAUUCUGGGUAUGGCCUCCGCCUUUAUCGGCUUCUUGGGGAGUAUCAUUAUCUGCGCCCUCCCCACGUGGAAAGUAACAGCGUUCAUCGGCGCCAACAUCGUUACUUCCCAGGUGAUCUGGGAAGGAUUGUGGAUGAACUGUGUGAAACAGAGCACAGGCCAGAUGCAGUGCAAGGUCUACGACUCUCUCCUGGCCUUGCCCCGAGACCUGCAGGCUGCCAGAGCACUCGUCAUCCUCGCCAUCAUCAUCGGGGUCUUUGGGAUCCUUCUGUCGGUGGUCGGGGGCAAGUGCACCAACUUUGUGUCGGAGGAAAGGCAAAAGUGCAAAGUGGCCAUCGCUGCUGGGAUCAUCUUCAUUGUUGCUGGGGUCAUGGUGCUCAUCCCCGCCAGCUGGACCGCGAACACCAUCAUUCGGGAUUUCUACAACCCCAUGCUCAUCAACGCCCAGAAGAGGGAGCUGGGAGCCUCGCUCUACAUCGGUUGGGCCUCUGCGGGGCUGCUGUUCCUGGGCGGGGGCCUCCUCUGCAGCUCCUGUCCCCCCAGAGAUGAAAACGACUACAACGUGAAGUACGCCAAGGCUCGCUCUGUGGACAGCAGCAAGGCCUACGUUUAGAUCGUCAGCAGGAGAUAAGACAGAGAAUCGAUGGACGUUUCAGUUUGUCCCAUAAGAAAGAGCCAAGUUCCACCAUUUAGAAUAUAGCUUUGAGCUUUUGCAGUAUGAAAUUUAACAACUUUUAAAAAUGUUCUUAUUGUGCAUAUUGUAAAAUGUGCAUAUGAGAUUAUUCACAGUUUUUGUAUUUAACACUUUCUCUUGGACAGUUUUGUACAGAUUUACUUAUAUUUUUGGUUUCUGCUGUUGAUCACAUACUCACAUUACAUAUUCUCUAUGACAUGUGAGGUUCAGAACACGUGUGUUAAAAACUGCAUUAUGUGUUUUUGUAUGUGAAAUCUUCCAGCGCUGUUGCUCCUCUUCCUCCAUUAACCCAACUGAAUAUCGACGAUGAAGAGACUGAUUCACAUUAUUUUCUGGCUUUUUCUCCAGAUUUGGUUUGUUGCUUCAGUUCUUUAAGACACAUCUGAGAUUAUGUUUUCCAUUUUUGAGUUUUUUUCAGAGGGAAGAACAGUUAUAGUGACAAAUGUCAAGAAUAAGGUUUUUCAAGUGUAGAAUCCUUACUGACAGGCUGUGUGAUAAUGAUAAACAGUGUUUGUGCUUAUGUUCUCUCUUAUUUAUCUCGACAAGAGCAAAAUCACCUUUUCCAGACAGAAAUGUAACACCUGACAUGAAGUCACCACAUGUUUGUGUUCAUAUCAAGUUUAAUAAACAUAAUAAACUGACCAGAGUCUAAAUCCAUACACAAUUA